GGGGGGGAAAUCUUGCUGACAACGACUCUAAAAGAAAGAGAAAAAAAGUUAAAGAAAAUGAAAUGACAUUGGAAACAGUAACAAAUCUGUGGAAUUGGGAUUGAAAGUUGAAACCCCAAUUUGCCCAAUCCUUUCUCACGCUCUCUCUCUCUUUCUAUAUUUGUUUUAAGAUUUAUUACCCUUAUUAAUAGCAAUCACACAGACCCCAUUUGCUUCGAGAAUAAAAUCCCCUUUUCAACAAGUAGGGUUUCAGCAAAUACGAUCUGAUUUCGGCCGGAAAAGAUCCUAUUUUUUGUAUCAUUGUGAGUGUUCAGGGGUUUAAUAGCUUGAUCGAUUGUUUGACCGGAGAUGUCAACGACGGCGGCAGGGACGGAGACGGAGAAGAAAGAAGAGGAGGUGAAGGGAGGAGAGUUGUUGUUCUGUGGUACGACAGCUUGGGACACCAUUGGUCGAAAGAAGGGUUGCGAAGGUAACUUAGUUUCUCCAACACGGCUGCGUCCUCUUGUCGGCGUUGACAUUCGCUACGUUGCAUCUGGUUGUGCAUCUUGUCAUUGUGUGGCUCUGGAUGUGGAUGGACGUUGCUAUACCUGGGGAAGAAAUGAUAAGGGGCAGCUUGGACAUGGGGAUCAAAUUCAAAGAGAUAGGCCAACAGUUGUCUCUGCACUGGCUUCGUACAAAAUUGUGAAAGCAGCGAGUGGGAGAUCCCAUACAGUUGUAGUGACUGAAGAUGGCAUCUCUUUGGCUUUUGGUUGGAAUAAACAUGGGCAACUCGGUUCAGGCUCAGCCAAAAAUGAAAUUGAGUUGUACCCUGUACGUUGUCUGGUAUCUGAAGUAAAAACUGUUGCAUGUGGAGCUGAUUUUACUGUUUGGUUGACUUCUGUUGAAGGCGCUACAAUACUAACUGCUGGACUUCCACAGUAUGGUCAACUUGGACAUGGAACUGACAAUGAGUAUAAUACUAAAGAUAGCUCUGUGAGGCUUGCUUAUGAGGCUCAACCUCGCCCCAAAGCAAUCUCUGCUUUUGCUGGUGAAACUAUAGUUAAAGUUGCUUGUGGAUCAAACCAUACAGUUGCUGUGGACUCAAAUGGCCAUGUGUACACGUGGGGCUUUGGAGGAUAUGGAAGGCUUGGACAUAAAGAACAAAAGGAUGAGUGGAGUCCUAGGCGCCUUGACUUUUUCACAAAGAACAAUGUUGUACCUUCUAAUGCAGUGGUUUCUGCUGGAUCUGUCAACUGUGCUGUUACAGCUGGUGGAGGGCAGAUGUACAUGUGGGGUAAGAUUAAGAACACUGGUGAUGACUGGAUGUACCCUAAACCUCUCAUGGAUCUCAGUGGUUGGAACAUAGAUUGCAUGGAUUCAGGCAGUAUGCAUCAUUUUGUUGGUGCUGAUAACACAUGCAUAAGCUGGGGCCAUGCUCAGUCUGGUGAACUUGGAUAUGGGCCUAACCAGCAGAAGUCUUCUUCAAUCCCUAAAAAAGUAGAGUCCAUUGAAGGCAUUCAUGUUAUCAGUGUUGCAUGUGGUUUUGCACAUUCCUUGGUGGUGGUCGAUAGAACCAAUGCUGCUGAUAAACUUGACCAGCUUGAAAUUUAUGAUGGCAAAGCUGCGGGUGAAGGUGUUGAAGAAGCUGCUGCAGCUGCUCCGGCACCAGCCAAGCAAAAUAACAAAAAAGGUGGAGGUGGAGGUGGUGCAAAAAGGAAGAAAUCAAAAGAAUUAUCGGACUCAGAAGAGUCAAAACAGGAAAGCUUUGAUGGAGAUGAUGAUUAUAGUGAUGAAGAGUCAAACGGUUUUGCUAAAAAGAGUAAAAGGGGCGGGAAGUCUUCUGGCAGAGGUCGUGGGCGGGGCCGCUCAUCUGCAGCUGCAAAGGAAGGAGGAGGAGGAGGGGCAUCCGGGGCUAAAAGAGGAAGAGGAAGACCAAAGAAGGCAUAAAUGAGCUGAUGAAGUUUUGGCAUGUUUGUGCUUUGUACUUUCGUUGUUUCACUAACUUUGUAUUCUGAUCCAUUGAGUAUUCGGAACAAAUGAGAAUUUAUGUUUUUUUAAUUGUGAAUUUAUGUAAUCUUAAUUUGGAUGUUUUCUUUGAAUUUAUUAUUUCUUCAAUGUUGAAUUGUGGAGCCUUUAGGCCUCUUUUGUUA